AUGUCAUCUGGCCAAAAUUCAACAGCUAAUUCCACUCAAGCCACAAGGGGAAAAUCUGAUAUUGCAUGGGCACAUGUUAUCGAGGGACGAGAUGCCAAUGGGAAGAAGACUUACUCAUGUAUGUAUUGUGGGAAAACUAUUAAAGGCGGAGGGAUUAAUAGAAUGAAACAACAUCUUGCAAAGAAGUCAGGUGAGGUUGGGCCAUGUAAAAAAGUUCCCCCAGAUAUUCAAUAUCAAAUGCAUGAAUCUUUGAAAGCAUUUGAUGAAAAGAAGAUGCAAAGUGAAGAAAAUUAUGAUCAAUUAAAUCCUUAUGGUCCAGGUGGCUUUCAAUUUGAGGGUGAUGAUGUUUAUGUUAAUGUUGAUGAUGAGGAUGAUGAGGUUGUGAGAACAAUUCCUCAGAACAAUAAGGGCAUUUCAAUCAAUGAAGGAGCUGGAAGUGGGAAUAAGAGUAGAGCACCAAUGACACAGAAAGGGAAGGGGAAGAGACAUGAACCAACAAAAAUUGGUGAUUAUUUUGCACCAAGGACCACUCCGGGUUCUCAACCAACUAUCAAAAGUGCCCUCCAAACUAAAGAAGCCAUACAUAGAGCACAUAUGAUUGUUGGCAAAUUCUUUUAUGAUACUUGUAUUCCAAUCAAUGCUGUGAACUCCAUUUAUUUUCAGCCCAUGUUUGAUGCCGCAAUUGCCAUUGGUCCAGGAUAUAAAGUCCCUACGUACCAUCAACUUCGAGUUCCUUUAUUGAGAGACUCAAAAAGAGAGCUUCAAUUGUAUAUUGACACUUUGAAGAGUUCGCGGGCUGCUUGUGGAUGUACUAUUAUGGGUGAUUGUUGGACUGAUGCUAGACAAAGAAAUCUAAUAAAUUUUCUUGUCUAUCGCCCUAUGGGAAUUGCUUUUGUGAAAUCAAUUGACGCCUCUGAUGCUGUCAAAGAUGCUACUCUUCUUUCUAACUUAUUUCUAGAGGUUAUUGAGUGGGUAGGAGUGUCGAAUGUUGUUCAUAUGGUGACAGAUAAUGGAGCAAAUUAUAAAGCUGCUGGAGGACUUGUAAAUGCUACUUACAAAUCUAUGAAUUGGUCUCCAUGUGCAGCUCAUUGCUUGAACUUAAUCUUAAGUGAAAUUUCCAAGAUGAAUCAUGUGCAUGAGCUUGCUAUUAAGGCAUCAACGGUGACAAGGUACAUAUACAACCGUUCAUGGUUGUUAGCUCGGUUGAGAAAGAAGAAGAGUUGGACUGAAAUUGUACGCCCAGAAGCAACGCGCUUUGCCACUACUUUCCUUGCAUUGCAUUGUAUUCAUGAGCAUAUGCAUGAUUUGCAAGCUUUGGUGACAAGUAAGGAGUUUGCAAGUUCAAGAUUUGCCAAAGAGAAGAAAGGAAAGGAUGCCAUUGAUAUCAUUUUAGAUAAACAAUUUUGGAACGAUUGCUUCGUCAUUGUUAAGAUUGUUGAGCCACUUAUGCGUCUCUUGCGCAUUGUUGAUGGAGAUGAGAAACCGUCCAUGGGAUAUGUUUAUGAAGGCAUGUAUAGGGCAAUCAAAGAAUAUAUAUGCGGCUGCUUAUUGGUUAAACCCAGCUUUUCAAUAUGA